GCGGGCGCGGGCGCGAGACGCUGCGCGGCAGCAUCGGCGGUCGCGAGCGGCAGCUGUCAGGCCACCGAGGUCCAAGCUGCACUUGCCGCCCGGUUGAGGACGGGGAGGCGGCAGGAGCGGUGACAGCGUAGCCGAGGAGCCGAACUGCCGGCACGCAAAGCUGACCUGCUUGGCCCCCGCCGCCCUCUCGCGCCUCUCUCCCAUUGUAUUGGAAUCCUGAAAAGAGAGAAUAUAACAACAACAAGAAAAAGACUUAAGAUUGUGACAAAGACCCAGCUGGGUUCCCUUGGUUAUAAACUCCUCUCCAUCUGGUGCUGCAACAAUGAGUGGGAAAUCACUGCUCUUAAAGGUCAUUCUUUUGGGUGAUGGUGGAGUUGGGAAAAGCUCGCUCAUGAACCGUUAUGUAACCAAUAAAUUUGACUCCCAGGCUUUUCACACCAUAGGGGUAGAGUUCUUAAAUCGAGAUCUGGAGGUAGAUGGACGCUUUGUAACUCUCCAGAUAUGGGACACUGCAGGGCAGGAACGUUUCAAGAGCCUUAGGACACCCUUCUACAGAGGGGCAGACUGCUGCCUCUUGACCUUCAGCGUGGAUGACCGGCAGAGCUUUGAGAACCUCGGUAAUUGGCAGAAAGAAUUCAUCUACUACGCAGAUGUGAAAGACCCUGAGCACUUCCCCUUUGUAGUUCUGGGUAACAAGGUAGACAAAGAGGAUAGGCAAGUGACUACUGAGGAGGCACAGGCCUGGUGCAUGGAGAAUGGAGAUUACCCUUAUCUUGAAACAAGUGCCAAAGAUGAUACUAAUGUGACAGUGGCCUUUGAAGAAGCUGUCAGGCAGGUGUUAGCUGUAGAGGAACAGCUGGAGCAUUGCAUGUUAGGUCACACUGUUGACUUGAACAGUGGCUCCAAAGCAGGGUCUUCAUGCUGUUAAAAAGUAGGAAGGCUUUUAAAAGUGUGCCCCAAAUUGGUCAGUCAGUAGUGUAAGAAUAAGUGUGCCCCUCUGAGAGCGCACACAUAUACGGAAGGGUAAGAGAUAACGUUAUGAUUGCGAAUCAGAGCCUCUCAAAUUGAAGUUGUAGAGCGAUUAAAAAAAAAAAAAAAGCUUUAUCAAGCCAAAUGUAUUUUGUGUGAUUUCUGCUAUUUCCUUCUGGUGUGUAUCAGGACAUUUCAGAAAGCUUUAGUCCUGAGAGAUUUAAAUAUUUUUCAAAUCACAGUUUUAACUUAGAGCCCAGCCGCAUGAAGGAGUUAAAGAGCUACAGCUAUCUCUCAAAGCGUUCCAUUAAUCAACUAACAAAUGUCACCAUCAGCUCUUGCCAAGCAGUUUCUGAUGUGUCUGCCAAAGGGGAAAAAAAUAAGACUCUGAGCCGUAUUACAAUAAAGAUAAUAAUGCAAACAAAGAUUCCUAAGCUUGAGUCAUAAAGAGGUUGUAAAGAUUAGGAAGGCAAAAGUUUAAUGAUGUACACUGCCUUGUUUAAAUCCUUAUGUACGGUUUACUCCCAUCUGAGCUUUUUUUUAAAAAAACUCAAUAAGAGAUAUACUAAUGACACUGGAAAUGUAUUAUACUCCUUGUGUUUGAAGUAACAGGGUACUAGUGAAUGGAUUAUGCUUAAAUAUUCCAACCACCCUUGCAAAUAAGUGGUUGAUCUGCUUUCACUUCAUAAGUCUCCUUUUGCUGUACAGGGAUGUUGCUUCUCUGACAACCUCUUACCAAUUUAGCAAUGCUGCUUAGUAUAUGGCUUUGGAUGCAGUGCACUCUGCUCAUAAUUUUGAUGGUGGUCCACCAUGCUAUGCUCUCAGAGAAGCCUUCAGGACAGAUUGGAGGAUACUGGGCUUUUCUCACGAAGUUCCUUAACUCGAGUAUUUAUCGUAGAAGAAGGAACUGAUUCCUUAUACGUUGAACUGUUAUGUUCAUCUGGCCAAACUAGGACAUCGAAUGUAACAAGAGAACAAACUUUAACUCAGAAGUAGAAUGAACUCAUAAUUAGUGUUGUCCAAUAGUGGAAUGGACUGCCUUAAUAGUGAACCCCCUUCUAGUGAAAAUAUUCAAGAAGAUGCUGGAUGACCACAAAAAGAAUCUCUGUACUGGUGAGAUGUUUGAUUUUAAGGUCCCUUCCAGCUCUAGGAAUCUAAGUUCUAAGUUCUAGGAAUCUAAGUUCUAAGUUCUAGGAAUCUAUAAGCUACAAACUACAUUUCAAUGACAUGUUAUAGUUACAUACAUCUUAAGUCAAUAGUUAAGUCUAUGAAAAGGGACUUUAUAAUUUCCCGGGCUAUUCUGGGAUCAGCAUUUAAUGGCAACUACCUAGCUUUUCCUUUUAUUUUUGCACUAUGGCAGGAAAAAUUCUUGAGCUCUGAGUAAAAUCAUUACAUGCCCAAUAUAAACACUCUGAAGAUACCAUAUCUUCAAAAACAGCUUGUCAAAUUUUGAUUACCAUGACUGCCAGCUAUAUACUACAUUAUAAAAAUUCAGUCUAGUUCUUGUCAGUUGAUCUAUUUGUCCUGCAUAGCUUUUAAUCUGUACUUUUAAAACAUCUAUGAUAAAAAAAAAAAAUAGUGACCCAAUGUAGUGAGGGACAGUUAGAAAUGACCCCAAAAAGAGACCUAGGUCAGGAGGGAGCAGGAGCUUUUCACAGGAAUAUAGCCUAGAACUCUCCAUUGUAGCCACACAUGGAUCAGCCUUACAUGUGGGACCUUAUGUGCUUUAAGAGCUCUGGGACUUUUUGGCUGCAUAGAUAAGUGGAAGAUACUUCAACCCAGUAAUACUCAAUAUUUCCAAUUUAAAUAUGGUCCUGACCCCAUGGUCCAACUAACUUUAAUACCAGAAGUCAAAGCCAGAACUGGGACCCCAUAGCUCUUAAGUAUUGGUCCCUAUCCUGCCUAUGCCUAUAGCCAGCCACACUGGUUUCCAAGUUCUAUGAUCAUUUUGCUACGAUCAUGUUAGAAUGAAAAUCUAUACGUCAGAAUUGUUAAAUGCUAAUUGUUUUUAAGUGCAUGAGACCUGGGGCCUUCUCUUUCUACUUGCACUCUGCUUAUAAUAGUUUCUAUUUGUAGAUCUCAGGCCUUCACAAAGACCUCCGUCCAUUCAUAAAAGUACUUGUCACUAUUAGAAUGGCAUGUGAUCAUUUAAGUUUAAAAAAAAAAAACUACUUGGGUAUCCCAUUCAUAGGCCUCCUGUCCAUCCAUGAGAAGUGUGAAUUUUAUUGGCAGGUCAAUUGAAGCCCCUUUCCUCUUAGUCAUACCAAUUUUUCUUCUGCCAAAUCACUACACAGUAUCUUAAUGAAAUCACUUAAUAUUAAGUGACAAAAGACAGAGGCAUUUUGGUGAGUAACACUCAGUGGGGUGCUGACGUAUAGUUUGGGUAAGAUUAAAAAAACACCAAAGGCUGAAAUAUGUGAGUACCAGAAACUGUGCAUAUAGGCUUUGAAAUUGUGUAUGCUAGAAUGUGCAGUGCAAUAUUUUCAGUAGGUGUUUUUUUAAAUGAACACGCAUUUUUUUUUUGAACAAGGUAUUUCUAAUUGGGAUGAUACUGUUUUUCAAUGGUCCAUUAAACAUCAUGCAGAAUAUUUAUUUAAUUUAUUUUCAUUUAUUGGGCUAACAUUCAGGGGGCCUCAGAAUCCAUCCGUCUUCAGUGGAUUGAUGAAUUUCAGGUUAAUUUGUGCCUGCCUCAGCCAUCUCUAGUUUACCCUGAGGUACUCCACAAUCCUCUUGUUGCAGGUGCUGCUAAAAACUCAAAAUUGUGUAUCAGAUAUUUUGUUUCAACUGUAAAAAAAAUCAUCUGUGUUAAAGUGAAUAAAAAGUGCAUUUUGAAUAACCAGUA